AUGACUAUUAGGAGCAUGCAUCAGGCUAUCGAAGGGGCUUAUAUGGCUCGGCGCAAGAUGCGGGCUUUGGUGGUUGCCUUUUCGUUCGCGCUACUUCUCCGUGUUGUGUCGCAGUAUGCGAUCGGUAUUUUUUGGGACUGGUAUUUCUUUACAUGGUUGAUAAGUAGCGGAAUUUUGGUUAACCAGGCCACCGCGAUUGAGAGCUGGGGAUGGUUUGUCGAAUGGACCCCGGCAUUCAUAGGUUCUGGCAUGCUUGUGAAUCUAAAUGUUGCUGUGUCAUUUCUGGCAGGCUCGGGUCUUGCUUGGUAUCUUUCUCGCACCUUGUCCCAUGAAUUGCAAUUAACCACAUGGGCUCACCUUAGGGGAAUAAUCGGACCGUAUCUGGUUUCUCAGGGCUUCGCUUUUGGGGAACAUCGAUCGACAGAUCCGCAAUGGUCACACCUAAUGUCAUACUCUUCCCUAUCCAGUGACUUUGCCAAUGCCGACCGCCCAAGUCCUCGAUACUGGUUGCUUUGGCCUGGGGUCAUUUGUAUGAUGGCUACUUCGCUGACUGGGCCCAGUAGCAGCAGUGGCACUCCCAGUGAAGCGGAUGAAGGCAUCAAGACAUGGAUGUGGUUCCCUGGCCUUCUCAUUGUGAUUGUUGUAUCGUGCCCUAUUCUGAAGAUACAAUACGACAUGCUAAUUAUAGAAACCUUGUUGGCAUUCUUUCUCGCCUUUAUUCUGUCCUUGCUGGCUAUACAAGCCACAGUGGCUACUGAUCAACCCCCCCUCGGAACACUUUCCAAAGUCUCCCAGGUUAUCAACGCAGGCGUCAACAGCCAGCCUACCAUCGAAGGCUCUCAGCGCUUGAACCUCCUCGCAGGAGCUCUAACCAACAUAGGCGGCAGUCAAGCCUGUGACCUCAUAGGCGACUUUCGCGUUGGCUACCUGCUCGGCACGCCAUCACGCCAACAAUACACUACACAGAUGAUCGGAACCUCCCUAGCCACAUUCAUAUCACCGGGAAUAUUUGUUCUCUUCGCCACAGCCUACCCCUGCAUCCUGACGACCGAAAACACCGCAACCUGCGAAUUCUCCGCCUCCUCUGUCAGUGCCUGGAGGACCGUCGCGGUCGCCGUGACCGAGCCUGAGCUCCCUAUCCCAUCGUCCAGCCUUAACCUCGCCACCAUCAUGUCCUUCCUUGGCAUCUUUGCCGUUCUGGUCCGGCACUUUCUCUGGCGAGGCAAAUGGGCCAAGUGCGCGCUUACCAUCAAAAUAUGA